GAAACGGCGGCGCGGCAGCUGCGGGGCGUGGGGGCGGUGGCGGUGGCGGCGGCGGCGGCGGCCAAGGCCGAGACCGAGACCGAGGCGGCGGAGACUGAGGCGAAGGCGGCGGUUGCUUAGCCGGUGACGGUGCUCCUCCGGACUCCCUUCCAGGCCCCAUGGAGGCGGCGGCGGGCGGGGGCUGCGGCUCUGGGCCGCCUCUGCUGCUGAGCGAGGGCGAGCAGCAGUGCUACUCCGAGCUUUUCGCGCGUUGCGCCGCCGCCGGCGCCGCAGGCGGGGGCCCCGGGUCCGGGCCCCCUGAGACCGCCAGAGCUGUCCCCAGCGCGGCCACCGCAGCCGCGGGCCCUGUGGCCGACCUAUUCCGGGCGUCACAGCUGCCCGCCGAGACGUUGCACCAGAUCACAGAACUGUGUGGUGCAAAGCGGGUUGGUUAUUUUGGUCCAACACAGUUUUACAUUGCCUUAAAAUUGAUUGCUGCAGCACAGUCUGGCCUUCCUGUACGGAUAGAGAGUAUUAAAUGUGAACUGCCGCUGCCUCGCUUUCUGAUGUCAAAGACCGAUGCUGAGAUCCGAUUUGGGAACCCGACUGAACUGCAUGGAACUAAGGUUCAGAUUCCAUAUUUAAUCACAGAAAAAAAUACCUUCAAAAGAAUGGACGAUGAGGAUAAAGAGCAGGAAACACAGUCUCCCACGAUGUCACCCCUCGCCUCCCCUCCUUCUUCCCCGCCUCAUUACCAGAGGGUGCCCUUGAGCCAUGCCUACGGCAAACUGCGGAGCAACACGGAGCAGAUGCAUCCAGCUCCUUAUGAAGCUAGACAGCCCCUUGUCCAGCCUGAAGGACCCUCAUCGGGGGCCCCAGGAACCAAACCCCCUCGCCAUCAGGCUUCCCUUAUUCGGUCCUUUUCCGUGGAGAGAGAACCGCAGGAUAACAACAGUAAUUACCCAGAUGAACCCUGGAGGAUAACAGAAGAACAGCGCGAGUACUAUGUCAAUCAGUUCCGAUCCCUUCAGCCUGACCCGAGCUCCUUCAUUUCAGGUUCUGUGGCCAAGAACUUCUUCACCAAAUCAAAGCUUUCCAUUCCAGAACUCUCCUACAUAUGGGAACUGAGUGAUGCUGACUGUGAUGGAGCCCUGACCCUGCCUGAGUUCUGUGCUGCGUUUCAUCUCAUUGUGGCCCGGAAAAACGGCUACCCGCUGCCAGAGGGCCUGCCUCCAACUCUGCAGACAGAGUACCUGCAAGCAGCUUUUCCUAAGCCCAAGCGGGAGUGUGCAUUAUUUGAUUCUUAUUCUGAGUCAAUGCCUGCAAACCAACAACCCCGUGACUUGAAUCGGAUGGAGAAGCUAUCUGUUAAAGACAUGGCUGACUUUCCUGUCCCAACUCAAGAUGUGACUAGUGAUGACAAACAAGGUUUGAAAAGUACUGCGGAUGAAGCCUUACCAAAGGACGUGUCUGAGGAUCCAGCUACUAAGUCAGGAUUGUUACCUCCGCCGCCUGCGCUCCCUCCAAGACCUUGUCCAUCACAGUCUGAGCAAGCGCCUGAGGCUGAACUACACCCCCAGCUGAACAGAGCCCCCUCCCAAGCUGCAGAGAGCAGUCCAGCAAAGAAGGACAUACCGUAUUCUCAGCCUCCAUCAAAGCCCAUCCGAAGGAAAUUCCGACCUGAAAACCCAGCUACAGAAAACCAAGACACUUCUACCGCUGUUGGUGGGCCAGCAUCGGCAGCGACUGUGAAACCCCACGCGGCAGUCCAAAAACAGUCUUCCAAACAGAAGAAGGCUAUUCAAACUGCUAUCCGCAAAAAUAAAGAGGCAAACGCAGUGCUGGCCCGGUUGAACAGUGAACUCCAGCAGCAGCUCAAGUGUUUGUUUAUUUUUGAGAGAGAGCACAAGCAGGGGAUGGGCAGAGAUAGAGGGAGACACAGAAUCCGAAGCAGGCUCCAGGCUCUGAGCUGUCAGCAUAGAGCCUGAUGUGUGGCCCAAACUCAGAGAACACAAGAUCAUGACCUGAGCUGAAGUCGGAUGCUUAACCGACUGAGCCACCCAGGUGACCCUCCUUUUUUCUUUGUUAGUACCUCUGUUUCUUUUGAGUGUCUGAUGUACAACAUAACAAGUUGUGAAUGUCUCCUUAUUGAUUAAUAUUAAGCUUGGCUGAAUGCAACAACAAACUCUAGGUAACAGUGUCUUAAGUGAGAUCAAAUUUUAUUUUUCUCUUUAUAUACCAUGUUCAUGAAUCAGAAGGAUCAAAAUUCUUAGGUUGUCAAUGCUUCUCAAAUUACUGUGCUUCUCAAAGCAAUCCCAGUCAAAAUCCUGUAAUUCUUAUUUGUAUAAACUGACAGGCUGACUCUAAAAUUUACGUGGAAAAUUAAGGAAACCAAAAUAGCCAAGACAGUUUAGAAAACAAAAAGGUCAAAGUUUGAGGACUCUCAUUAUCCGCUUAGAAGAAGACUUACUGUAAAGCUACAGUCAUCAAGACAGCAUGGCAUUGGCAUAAAGAUAGACCUCAUCAGCAGAACAAAAUAUAGUGUCCAGAAAUAGUCCAUUGUGUGUAUAUAUGGUCAAUUAAUUUUUAACAAUAGUGCCGUGGUAAUUCAAUGUGGAAGGAGGAUAGUCUUUCAAUAAAUGUUGCUAGAACAAGUGGAUAACCGUAUGCAUAAAAGUGAACUUUAACCUUUACCUUGUAACACAUAAAAAAUAAAUUUGAAAUAUAUCACGAAUUCACAUUUAAGCAUUACAGCUAUAAAAAUUCUAGAAGGCAACAUAAAAAAAAAAAUCCUUGGGGGUAGGCAGUGUAUUCUUAAAUAGGACACAAAAUGCACAAAUCAUAGAAGAAAAAUGUGCUAAAUUGAACUUCAUCAAAAUCAAACACUUCUGUUUUUUUAAAGACACUGUUGAGAAAAUGGCAAACUGCACUUUAGGAGAAAAUGUUUACAAAGCCCAUAUCUCAUGAAGGACUUCUAUCUUAAAUACAACUCAAAACUAAGAAGACAAUUAACUAAAACAUAGGCAAAAGAUUUUAACAUAAACUUCACAAAGAGAUACAGAUGACAUAUAAACACAUGAAAAGAUGCUCAACAUUAUUAAUCACUAGAGAAAUGCAAAUUAAAACUGCAAUGAGAUACCACUGCACACCGAUUAGAAUGCGUAAAAUGAAAAUUUCUGACAUCAUCAAGUGCUGACAAGAAUGCAGAACAGUUGGAACUCCUAUACAUUGCUGCUGGGUAAAAAUGGAUUUAGCAGAAUCAUAAUACUAAACUUAUCAUACCACCCAUCAAUACCACUCAGGUGAAAUGAACUAUGUCCAUACAAGGACUUGUACACAAAUAGUGUAGCUUUAUUUAUAAUUACCAACACUGGAGACACUCCAAAUACCCAUCAGGUGGUAAAUGAAGAAUAAACAAAUUGUAAAAACUGAGCCACAAAAAGGCAUGAACUACUGAUAUGUGCAAUGACAUGGGUGAAUCUCAAAAGCAUUAUGUUAAGUGAUAAAAGCCAAACACAAGAGGCUACAUAUUGUACGAUUCCAGUUAUGUGACAUUCUGGAUAAGGUAAAUUAUUUGGACAGAAAUCAAAUCAGUGAUCACUCACGGCUAGAGAUAAGGGAAGGGAUUAAAUGCAAAGGAACAUGAGGGAACUUUUUCAGGUGGGAUGGAAGUGUUCCACAUCUUGAAUGUGAUGGUGGUUACAUGACUGUAUAAAUUUGUCAAAACUCAUUGAACUGUGUACAUGAAAAGGGUGAAGUUUAUAUUAUACAAUAAACCUGGCUUUAAGGAAAUGAAUUUUAUUUUCCUCUCAGGUAAAAGAAGGUAAUAGGCCAGGAAGUAACAGGCUAGGGCUAGCAUAGUGGCUUCAUGUUGUCACAGGAAUCCUGGUGAAGAUCAUGCUGUUUUAUAAUUCUUAGCAUGUGGCUUCCUUUUUUUAGGUCACCUUAUGGUCCAAUAUGGUGGCUUGGAUCUCCAGUCAUCACAUUCAUAUUCAGGCAGUAGGAACAAUAAAGAAGUAAUUAAGGGAAAUGCUGUUCUUUUAAAGAGACUUCCUAUUAGCCAUGCAUAUAUCCUUUUACAUUUCAUUGGCCAAUACUUAGUCAUUUGGAUAUAUCUGAUUGCAAGAGAGGCUGUAGAAAUGUAAGCUUUAAGCAAGACCAUGGUUAUAGUAAAUAAAAUUGAGAUUCUGUUACUAAAAAGAAGACUAUGAUGGGAGUUGGGAUAGGCAAACAACAGUGGCUGUCAUAGGCUCAUGUAAGUUGUAAAUCUGCCAUAGAUUGCCAGUCCCCAAGCAAACAGUUGUACUUGGUUCACUCUUUCAUUCUCAAGGAAAUGUGUUUCUCUUUCCUUAAAAAACUCCAAUGCCUCCUUGAUGUACAUAAGCCCCUCUUUAAGGGAGUUACAUAAAUAAAACAUGUCUUAAGAUUGAGGGCAGAGGCAUCAGUGAACUGCUGGGAUUAAUGCUAAUGUAUGAAUGUUCAUACAUGUACAUUAAGUUACCAACUCACAGAAUGCACUCUUUCCUAUGAUUCUUCUAUGCUUCAUUCUUUUUUUAAUGUUUAUUUAUUUUUGAGGGGAGGGGCAGAGAGAGAGGGAGACACAGAAUCCAAAGCAGGCUGCAGGCUCUGAGUUGUCAGCACAGAGCCUGACGCGGGCCCGAACUCACAAGCCUAAGAUCAUGACCUGAGCUGAUGUCAGAUGCUUAACUGACUGAGCCACCCAGGUGCCCCCACUUACUUCAUUCUUUAACAUUAUUCUAAUGAUUAAGAAAUGAUCAUCCAUGAUUAACAUUAUCAGUAAGCUAGAAUUUACCUAUUAAAGACUAAAAAUUUAAGUGAGCAAGAUAGAGUAGCCAACAGAAAAACUGCCAACACUUUAAAAAACACCUGUAAAGUUUACCAAGUACCUUUACACUUUUAUACCUUUAGCUACUCUAUCUCACUCCUUCCCCAUAUAUCUUCCUCAUACUCUACCAUUUUUCAGGGCCUAGAGGCUAUAGGCAGUUGAACAAAUUUUCACCAGAAAGAUACUGAGGCAGAGACAUUUUUCCCCCACAAAUGAUGUAAUCUAGUCAGAGCAUGUGAUCUUAAACUGCUCUGAAGAAAAUGACGAGUUUUCUGGAGGACAAUCCUUGGAAUGAAAACUGGAGUUUCCAUUACUGCUUUCCAUACUGCAAACUGUUCCCCUCCAAGAGGGAAGAAUUGAUCAUUUCUCUUUUGAAAAAAAGACCUGGUAAUUUUUGACCUUGAGUUUCUGUUGUCUGAUCUGCUGGCUGUUUCCCUAAAAGAUAGAGGCUGUUUUGAGUGUGCAUGAUCUAAUGUAGUUGUUGCCUUUCAUACCAGAUAUUCAUUUCAUAACUGACACAAAUCUAAAGUAGCUCCUUAGCCCAGAGAAGGUAGAGCAAACUCUUCCAUUUGUUAAGAGGGAGAGAAGGAAAGUGGUACUGGCACAAAAAACUAGUAGAUAUAUUUGAGGUCCAGGUCCUACAGGGGUCUGAUCAAAACAACAUGUAUCAGCUAGCUUUUGCCACAACAGGGAUAUAUAAUAGAGUAGCUUCAAAUUCACUGGCUUAAAUCAUUUGUUCUUGUUCACACACCUGUGGAUUGGCUGACAUUUGGAUGAUAUAGACCAAGCUUGGCUGAACUUGGCUCCAAGCUCUAGGUUGAGUCCAGGUUGGCUUCCUAUGUCUCUUUUGUUUCUUGGACCAGCAGACUAGCUGCACAUGUUCUCAUGGUGAUGGCAGAGGCACAAAAAAGGCUGAGUGGAAACAUCGACUUCUUUGUGAUCUAAGCUCAGAACUGGCACGCUCAUUUUUGUCCACAUUCCACUUGGCCAAAGAAAGCUAUAUAGCUAAGCAACAUCAUCAGUGGAUUGGAGAAAUAUACCAAACCUCUAGAUGGAAGUGCUGCAAAGUCACAGGGCAGACUGAGUGCACGGAUAGUGAGAGGGGUGGAUAUUGGAAACAAAAUGCAGUCUUCCACAGCUAUAUACCUACAACAGCCAUCUUUACUUUUAUACCUUUAGCUACUCUAUCUCACUCCUUCCUAAGAUUAUAGGCACUCUUUAAAAGUGAGCUGCCUGGGUGUAUGUCACUGGGGACAUUGGAGCAAGGACCUCCAAAAAUCCUCUCCUAUGUAAAAACUGUAAGAAUACUAGCAAAAAUGGUCAGAAUCAAUUUUUUCAGAACUCUGGAAAUUAGCCAAAAUCUUAUGGCAAUCCAGGGAGCUAUAUAGGAGCAAAGUUUUUAUAUACUGUUGAAGUUAAGUUGGUAUUAAUCCAAGCCAGUUUGUUAUAAAUUAACAUUUUAAUUAUAAUUCCCAGGGUAAUCACUAAGAAUAUAACUCAAAAAUAUAAUAAAGGAAUUAAAAUAGUACGUUAAAUAUAUCUAUUUAACACAAAGGAAGGCAGUAAUGGAGGAACAUAGAAAUAAAAGUGACAAUUCAGAUAGAAAAUAAAUAGCAAAAUUGGAGGUGUAGAUCCUAUAUUAUUAAAUAUAAAUGUGUUAGACAAAGGGCAGAGAUUGGGAUAAUAGAUAUUUAAAAAAUGAUCCACAAUGUGCUGUCUACAAGAGACAUCUUAGAUUCAAAUACACAAAUAGCUUGAAAGUAAAAGGAUAGAGAUACCAUGCAAAUGUAACCAAAAGAGUUAGAGUUGUUAUGCUAAUAAUUUCAAAAGAAGAAAUAUCUCAAAUCAAUAAUUUUCUACCUUAAGAAACCAGAAAAAGCAAGCAGAAACCCAAAGCAAGCACCAACAAGGAAAUGACAAAGAUUAGAAUGGAAUUAAUGAAAUAGAACAUAGAAAGACAACCGAGAAGUAUGAGUGGAACCAAUAGCUGGGUCUUUGAAAAGAGCAACAAAAUUGACUAACCUACAACUAGACUGAACAAGAAAAAGGAGAAGACUCAAUAAGGUGAGUAAUGUACAUGAGGACGCUACUACUGACUUUAUAGAAAUGGCAGUGAUUAAAAGGGAAUAAUAUGAACAAUUUUAUGUCAACAAAUCAGGUAACCUAGAUAAGGACAAAUUCGCAGAAAGACACAAGUACUGAAUCUGACUCAAGUAGAAACAGAAAAUCUGAAUAUAAGUAAAGACAUUGAUUGAAUCAGUAAUCAAAAAACUUCACAAAGUAAAUCUCAGGACCAGGUGACCUCACUGGUGAAUUCUACCGAAUGUUUAAGGAAGAAUUAACACCAAGCCAUCAGAAGUUCUUCCAAAAAAUAGCGAGGAGGGAAUACUUCUCAACUCAUUCCAUGUGGCCAGCAUUACCCUGAUACCAAAACCAGACAAAGACGUUACAGCGAAAGAAAACUACAGACCGAUAUCCAUUAUGAUUAUAGAUGCGUAAAUCCUCACCAAAACACUGGCAAACCAAAUCCACAUAUAAACAGGAUUAUACACUAUCCCCAAGUGAUGUUUAUUUAAUGUAUACAAGAUUGUUUCAAUGUGUGAAAAUCAAUGUAAUACAUCAUAUUAAUAAAGGACAAAAACCCCAUGAUCACCUCAAUAGACAAAGAAAAAGCGUCUGACAAAAUCCAGCAUCUUUUCAUGAUAAAAACACUCAACAAGCUAGGAACAGAAGGGAACUUCCUUAACUUAGUAAAGGUCAUCUAUGAAAACCCCACAGCUAAUAUCAUACUUAGGACUGAAAGCUUUCCCCCCAAGAACAGGAAUAAGACAAGGAUGUCUUCAUUUAAACAUUUAACUGGAUGUUCUAGCCAGGGCAGUCAGGCAAAUAAACAAAAUAAAAUGUAUCCAGAUUGAAAAGGAAAAAGUAAAAAUGAGCUCUAUUUGCAGAUGACAUGAUAUUGUGUAUAGAUAAUCCUAAACAAUACUCUCUCUCUCUCUCUCUCUCUCUCUCUCUCACACACACACACACA